CCACCUGAUCACGUUGAAACGGCACAAGAACAAGUACACAAGAGCGAGUGGAUGGUUAAACCUCUAUAGAUGGAACGAAUUGGAUGACUGUGCGAAAUGAAAAGAAUUGUAUUGUCACGCGUCUGGAGAAAGAGCCGGAAUAUUAUUCGCUUUCGAACUUUCGAUCUCGUCGAAGCUUUCAUUGCGGGUGAAAAGUUAGAGGGACGAAUGUGGCCGGAUACGAGAUACGGAUCGGAUGGAAAUAAGGUGGUGAAAGAAUGAAUGAGAAUGGAAGGGAGGGAGGGAGAGAGAGAGUUGCUGGCCGAACCGGGAGAGCCGUCUGACCAAUGUCGAUCCUCUAUCACUAGCUUCGGGGCUGCCGGUGCCAACAGCUGUUUACCUCGACGUCGCUCGCUUGGAAAUUCAAUUCGAGCCGGUAAUAAAUUUGCAGGCUGUCUUCUAGGUUAGUCGGAAUUCUUCUCGAGAUUGAAAUCGCCACGACGAGACUUCCUGGCAUUUCACCCUCUUCUUAAUGCCUUUUCAAAUUUGAACACGCGCCAAUCAGUGAAUACGCGUUUAAUUACGACUUCUUUUAAUCAUUUUUCUCACCAUCGAUCAUUCCCCUUCUUUUUCUUCUUUUUUCUUUUUUUUUAGAACAAACUUAGAACGAACGUGACUAAUUUCAAUUCGAGCUAACGAGCUUUCUAAUUACGCAGAGUAUUCGUCUCUCCGCUGUUCGUACAAUUGUACGCGUAAAUUGAAGCGUUUUACGAGAAAAAUAAAGCUCUCGUCUGGGCUGUCGUCUAGUGGCUGGUGACGUCACGAAAAUGUUUUGCGUCAGGCUUUGUAUAAAUUCGCGAUACGAAUCGAUGCUAGGUGGCCCAGAUUUAUUCGAAUGUAAAUUUACGCCGAUUAAUCGUCGAUCUAAUAAUCAACGCGAUAAUCAAUACCGUGGUAAGAAAGUGAAAAUUUUCGAAAGAAAGCCAGACGAUUUCUUACGUUCGCGCGUAUAUCCGAACGAAUAAUUAAGUUAGCAAGCAGGUCGGCGAGUAAAUUUGAAUUUCUCGUAAAGGUAAAGGUUCGGUGGAGAGGAAAAUUUGCGAUUAACAUCGAGUUUCGCUUAUCUUUUUCCCAGUCGAUUCGUUCUCGUAACAGGAAUAUUUAUAGGUAGGUUAGAAUCGGGUCGAGGACAGGAUUUUCUUUUUCUAUCCGAGACCUGACGCGGAUGGAUGGAAUCGUGUGACACGAGAAGCAUGGUAAAAAAUCGUGUCGCGAUUCUAAUUUUAUUUAUUCCACAGGAUAAACCCGUUGCGUACAAAGUGUAUACCGUUCGAGGAAACCUGUAUAACAGGUGAAAACGUUUAGCAAAAAUAUUCCGUCUCGAAUUAUUUCCUUGUGAUUUAUCAUCGGCCAUCCUCGUUCUCGAGAAAGAUAACUCGAAAGAUACGGUGAGAAAAAGGCGUUUCGUCUCGGGAUCGUCUGUAAUACCGCAAUUCGGAACUGUCAUCUCUCCGAAACUCUCUCUUCCCUCUACUAAACGCCUAGUAGUUUGCAGCUAUCGCUCUUAGAAAACGCGUCCGUCUCGUUUACCUUUCGAGCGCUCUUCGUCCUUCCAAUAAUGAUCAACCCUUUUGCUAAAAAUCGCGGUUGAAUAUCGAUCGUUAUCCAGGUAUUAUCCAUUAGAGUUUGAGAGUCGAAGAUAUCGAAAGAUUCGUUCGACCGGAAGCGUUACAAGAUCUCGAAAGCGUCGAGUCGCGUGACGAUGUUUCACUUAUCUUCUUCCAACAAUCGAUUCGAUUAUGUAUAAGAGAAACCUUGUAGAAAUACGCGAGGUACGUAAAGAAACGUCCGUGCCGAAUCGAUCGCGACAGCUUCGGGUUUAAAAUAAUAACGACGGAUUCCUCUCGGUAGCGGAUGCUUCUAAUCGACACGUGUAACGCGUUUCAGCUGCCUUUUGCAAUUUCCCCUCGUCUCCCUUAUUCCUCAAUUUCCGUUUCCCUCGAUGGCUAUAAAAAGAAUCAUAUCGUUUCACCUAUUUCCAGCCAUUUGUCGGUGUAGAGAAACGAUUUCUGUGCGGAUUAAGUGCAAACUGGCCUGCCGUUUGAAAGAAGAGAAAGAAGGUUUCUCUUUGUCUGAGAAAGGGGAAAGAAGGAGAAAGUCGCGUAAACACCCUCGAGCAGAGCAGAGCAGAGCUCGAGAUGAAAAGGGAACGGUGGCGAGGCUUGAAAAUCGAGGAAGAAAAGCGUGUAUCGUUUCAAACGCGUCCCUUUGUUCUGUCGGGAAACAUUAUCUCGAUGGUCGAGGAGACAAUUACUCUUCCCCUCGUUUCUUUACAAUUAACGGAACGUAGAAAGGUGUCUUGGAUGCAUCCGCGGAAGGAAUUUAACGAGUUUACGAGAGAGAUCGAAGGAUGAAAUAGCGCUAAGGGAACGAGACGGCAAGUCGAACUGCAUGAAAAGUGCAUUAUUCAGGGUUCAUCAGGGCGAGUGUAGGUCGGUUCAUUUUACGCCAGGCCUCCGACAAUCUUGACCAUUUUUCGUUUAUUUAUUUGAUCGAACUAACGCGGAUCGCGGCUUCCGUUUUUUCUUUUUUUUUUCGCGAAGACAAAUAGGGGAGGAAAAGAGGAUGAGACGUGGGCAAGAGAGUUGUUGGCUGUCACAGAAAUUCACAGAAUAUUCACACACAGCGAGACUCUAACGAAUAAACGUACAACCACCACUUUCCCGUUGCCAUUCUCUAUGAUUCUACGCUGUUCGAUCGGAUAACGAGUUGCUUGUAAAACGGCAUUCGACCGGGGUCGCAACGGAUGGCCAGAAGUUGAAAGCGCACAACGAUAAGUACUUGGAAAGAAUUAAACGUGUAUGUCAAGUGUCGGUUGUCUCUCUGAACAAACGUGCUCGUAGUAGUUGUUUUCUUUCACGUAGAUUCUUUAUUUCCAUACCGUCAAAUUGACAGGCAUUGCCAAUGAGAGGAAUAAAAGAAUAAAAAAGAAAUUCCUAGUUGGUGAUUCGGGUUUAAAGAGUAAGAAUAAAUAUCCCGACAGUAGGUUUAUCCCUACCCUCGGGAGAAUCGAACAGCCCGGUGAACUUUAGAUUGAUAGAAGGAGAAGAAAUGGACGAGACGUGGGCAAGGGUUGUUGGGUGUUACAGAUGCGGAUUUCUGCUGCGGAAUGCGAUGGCCUGGUGACGCGACCGGCCUGUCGAACCGGUCGUCGACCUCCUCUAACGACCCCAAGAACCAGUACAAGAACCAGAACAAUAACCACUACACGUCGCACCGACACCUUCGCACCCACCUUCGCGGAACCUUGACGGUAAACGUGAGCGUGCUGUUGCUGAGUUUGGCUUCUCCGGACGAGUCCAGUUUGAAAUACGAGGUGGAGUUCUUGUUGCAACAACAGUGGUACGAUCCGCGAUUGCGGUACAGCAACCGAUCGCAAUACGAAUUCUUGAAUGCGAUUCAUCACUACGACGAUAUCUGGUUGCCGGACACGUACUUCAUAAUGCACGGGGACUUUAAGGAUCCGCUCAUACCUGUACAUUUCGCCCUACGGAUAUACCGGAACGGCACCGUCAACUACCUUAUGCGGCGUCACCUCAUCCUAUCCUGCCAGGGUAGACUCAAUAUCUUCCCCUUCGAUGACCCAUUGUGUUCAUUCGCGAUCGAGAGCAUAUCGUACGAACAAACGGCGAUCACGUACGUGUGGAAGAACGACGAGGGUACUUUGCGAAAAAGUCCAAGCCUGACAUCGCUGAACGCGUACCUAAUUAAAAACCAGACAAUCACCUGCCCGAUCAAAGUAAGCUGGCGAGGUAACUACAGCUGCCUGAAGGUGGAUCUGAUUUUCACACGAGAUCGUGCCUUCUAUUUCACGACGGUCUUCAUCCCGGGAAUUAUUCUGGUGACCAGCUCUUUCAUUACAUUCUGGCUCGAAUGGAACGCAGUGCCAGCGCGAGUAAUGAUCGGUGUGACAACGAUGCUCAACUUUUUCACCACGUCGAACGGUUUCCGGUCGACGCUGCCGGUCGUGUCGAACCUAACUGCCAUGAACGUGUGGGACGGCGUGUGCAUGUGCUUCAUUUACGCCAGCCUGCUAGAGUUUGUCUGCGUGAAUUACGUGGGUCGGAAACGGCCGAUGCACAACGUCGUCUAUCGUCCUGGAGAGAAUCCUGUCACCCAGAAGCGAGAGGGUGGUCCACCAACCGGAGCUACGACAGGACCGAACGAGAUCGUCACCUGUACCAACUGUGGACCCAACCCUUGCACCCACACCACCACCAACGGAUGCACCGCCGAGUUGAGAAAAAAGGAACCACCGCAUCCGAUAAGAGUAGCAAAGACGAUCGACGUGAUAGCGAGAAUUACCUUUCCGGUCGCCUAUUUCAUGUUCCUCACCUUUUUCUUCAUCCACUACAAAGGCAGCUCGUAGAUCGAAACCGGCAAACGAUCCCGUCUGUUCUUUGCGCGAUUACAUGGUUCCCGAAUUCGAAGGUUGGAAUCAGGAAUAUCCAGGGAAUAAAGGAAAUCUUUAUCGUGCGGUUGGAGAAGGAACUGAACCGGUGAUUCGAAAUUUACAAAGUGUGUCUGUCGAACUUUUUCCACGUAUGAAAAAAUUGAGAAAAUUGAGAAACGAUAUGGAAAUCGAAGGGAAGUGGUUAAAGAAAAGGGCAGAUUCUUUGGCUUCGAUGAAAGAAGGGAGUAAAUUAUGGACUCGGUGGAUUCGCUUCUUCUUCGUCAUUUCUCACAUGUGAUAAUUCUUGAAAAAGCACCGUUUGUCCGAAGGGAGCAAAGGGACGCGCAAACAGGAUACGGGCACGUUCGUUCCUUUACCGUUUUCUUUUUUUUUUUUUUUUUCUUCUAACGAAUUAAUCACGUCGCUGAUUCGAGGAUGCUUCUAAGAAAAAAAAAAAAAUUAUGCUAGCUGAACAAAUCAAAUUUAUCUACUUAAGAAACGUUACCACUUGUAAUCUCAACUAUACAAGUUAGAGAAGGUCGAUAUACAAGUGUCGUCCAUGAAAUCGCUAACUCGUGAUUCCGCCUUCUACUUAACGAUCGACCUUUUAUUUCCGUGUCUUGCCGAUUUACUGUGUAAUCGAGGCAAAAUCAACGUGAUCGCAACUUAUGUAUAACUCUAUAUUCGUAGACCUUUGAAAGAACGAAAUAAAGACGUUCGCUUUCAACCGAGGGAGCAGGGCUGCAAAAGCAUACAAUUCCGCUGUACAAAAUGAAACAAAUAUAAAUAUAUGCGUAUACAUAUGUACGUAUAUCUCGACGUAUAUACAUAAUGUGUAUACGCAUAUAAAUUUGGUUAAUCAAUCGUCGUUUCAUCGAAGCUUUUCGAUAGACAUUUCUCGUUACGCGUACAAUCAGAAUCGAAAGUAAACCCAUAAGCUUGGUAAAUUCAGAAUUAUACUCGCUUUCGACUCUAACUUGUACGUAAGACAAUUACGUACAUGCGCGGCUAUCGUUCAAAGAUCUUAGGAGAACCGUCAACUUUGAAAGUACGAGAACUAAUUUCACUAGAAAAUGAUAAAAAUAUCCUAAGACUUUCGAACGGCAGCAACGUGUAUCCUUUUCGAUCGUUCGAGAUAGCUUUCGCGUUGAUAGUUGAAAAAAAAAAAGGCAAAAACAAAGAAAACAAUUUCUAAUCUACCUGUAACGAUCGAUUGCCAGAAACGGAAGCAAAGGCAAAGGAAAAGGAACUUCUCGCUAGAUCAGACGCGAAUACUAGACGUGUAGGAAACAAGGAAACUCGAUCGAAUCGGAUCAGAUCUAAAUUAACGAGGAGACGGAAAGCACAGGGGGAACUUGAAACGUAUUACGGGUAAAGCUUGCGAUUUAGAUCUAACAAAGUGCCCAUAACUCGAUGGAGGAACGUAGAAAUAUCAAAAUGUCAGGUAAUAGAGAAGACGAUUUCAUUGAAACUUUGAAAGUAAAACAGGCAGAAAACAAUCGAGAACUGAUAUAUUCGACGUUUCUCCAAAUAGUCCGCGUACCUUUAGCAAUCUCGUAUCGCUACGAUACUCUCUCGACACUAUCGUUAUUAUCAUCGUUGUCAUCGUUAUUGAUCGCCACUAUUACCAAUCAUUACGUUCUCCUCAUUGUUACUGUUAUUCUUAUCGAUUAUUUAUUAUCAUUAUGAUUUCUAUUACUGUUACUAUCGUCAUUGUUAUCGCUACGAGAGAAUGAGAGAAAGAAUGAGAGAGAGAGUAAUUAUUAUUAUCACUAUUACUAAAUACCGCUGCUAUCGUACUACUAUGUCGUUAUUGCUAUUCGUAAGCAUUCAUUCUUAUUGUGAAUUAUCGGUGGGAUUACAGGAGAAAAAGUGGCCGAAAAACACCAAAGAAAAAGAAAGUUAAAACACGAUAAAACGAUUUUUAUCGAUCGAGCCACUUAACUCUUCAGCAAUAUUUAAUCGCAGACCAAAAUGUUACACAGUUCGAUCGCGUUUUACGACAAUUACGUAACUCGAUCGUCGGAGUAAACGUUCUCUUCGAGCAAAACGAUCGAGAGGAUAAUGAAGUUUUACGAUUUCACCAAGCUCAAAGUUUAAACUCGCACGAGAACGAAAGAGUACGAUAUGUCUUAAAUUGUCUAGAGUAAUCAGAAAUCGAAUUUUCUAAUAAUUAUACCCGUUGCAGUCGCGGUAAUAAAACGUUGUCGAUGGUAAAAGAAUCGUUAUCGACAUCCUUGACGAUCGUCGUGAAAUUUACAGCGUCACUGCGUACGAUAUAAUCAUAUUAUACCCGCUAUCUUUAUUACGAUUAUUAAUUAGGAUCGUAGAUGAUAAUCGUACGAUCAUCGAGAAUAAGCUUCUCCUGUUAUGGCGCCGAGUUAUCUCUUCGUGAAUAACGCAUAAUCGACACAACGAAUAUUGCCGUAGAGCCAAGGAUCGUCUACAUUCUACAGGAAAGAAAAAGAGACAAAAACGUCUUCGUCGAAGACCGGAAGUCGAUGAUAAAGGGAACGAACGUUCUAUCUACCUACAUACUAAUAUGCCAUAUUUUAUACGCGUCACCGGCCGCGAAUGAACAAACAGUCGUUUAGUUGAUAGGGUGCGUCGAUAAAUAAAUUAAUUAACGUUUAAAUACGCCACGGACCAAGACACACGUAAUCCUAAAUCUUUAGCGUGAUGUAAUUAGUUGCACUUGCGCGGUGAUACUCUUACGCGAACGCGUCUUCGAUUCGCUCUUCGUUUUACUUUUCGUUAAAAUGUGUGUUAGAUUUUGUAAAGGAAAAAUAUACAAAUUUUACUAUACCGUUUUGUAUAUUUUUCGCUUUUAUGAUCAUCGACAUUCCUAGUAGAAAGACAAAGGACUAGCGCGUCGAACGGCACGAGUAGUAAUAGUCGUAAUUAAUGCGGCACACGAUGCAGAUCGCUGGCGCAUUGACCACGAUCACUUAAUUUCUCGCUUCAAGCUAAUUGCUCUUGAAACGUUUGACUUCUCUUUGCUUUUCUUAAGUGUUGUUAAUUGUUAUUAUUAAUUAAUUGUAUUAAGUUUGAAACACCGAUCACCGGUGACACCCAUACUAGUCAUGCUGUCAUUACUAGUCAACGUGUUAAGAAUAUUAAUUAUAUCUUUUUUAUGGUCGAAUCGCGAAACGAAGGGUGAAUCAAACGUCACGAGCUUGAUCGUCGAUUUUUUUAACGAUUCAGCAAAUUCAAUCGCAAACAUCGGAGCUUAAACAGCUUUUUACCAACGCGUUUCUAUUGUAGUCUGUCGCUUAACGCAUGAUUGAAAAAGAAUUUGACGCGUUCGCAGGUGUAAACAAUUAACACCUUUAUCGAUGGUGCCGAAGUUCAAAGAUUGCCGAAGUAAAAUAACGAUGCAAUUAAGAGAAAAAUGAACGACAUUUUCAAAGGCACAGAGGGUUCGAUUCGAAAAUCGUACAGUCGAAAAACACGUUCUCAUUUUUUGUACUUUGCAUCGAAAAUUCUCUUAGGCUGAUCAUCGUUGAAGAGCAAUCGGUUACAGCUGGCUUUUCGCACUGAUCGAAUUAAAUUCACGCGAAUUUGCACGGUUUUCCAUGUAAAUUAUACGUAUAAGCAUCGAGCUCGAUGUAAAACACAGUGUCUUUCAAUCUAUCGUUCCGUUCGAAAGAAACUCAAGGAACCAAAGAUACGUUUCUCGUUCGAAUUAAAACGUUACUGUUCGUUUUUGAUAAAACUCGCGUUGAUAUUUGUCGAUUUAAAUUAGCUUAUUCCUAUCUUCCGAGAUCGCAAUCGUGCAACACCUGUUCCGUUGAACGCGACGAAUUUCAUUACGCUUAUUCUUUCUCGUCUGAAAGGAAAGGAAACGAGGGGAACCUAGAACCAUUCAGAGUGCCAUUAAAGCAACAAUUUAGAAUUGUUCGAAGGGUAGUCGAAAAGUGCGUCUCUGAAUCGUCUCGAUAUCUUGAAAAAAAAAAAAAAAAAAAAAAAAAGAAA